AUGACUAUCAAAAUCCUCGCCCUCUGUGGCUUCACGCAAAAUGCGACCAUCUACUCCAAACAGGUGAGCACGUUCAAGCGUCCGGCGGCAAUGGCAAAUGGUAUCGGCUCGGGACUUGCGCACUGGGUGUCAGAGUUUGAGCGUUGGCUCGGCGACGCUGCGUUCCACAUUGCUCUUGUCUCUUCGAACUUCCAGAACGAGCUCGGCGCAAUCCGGAAAACGUGCAAGAAUGCCGAGUUCGUAUUCUUGGAGCCCCCUGUCAUUGUUCAGAAGGCGGACAUGCCGUGGAACCAGCGCCUCGAUGACUUUGCUUCGUCGGCGACGACCGAGGAGGCCGAGCAGACGCCUGAGACCACGCCUCGAGCUUGGUGGCUGAGCCCGGGUGACAGGAGCGUAUACAAGCAUUUUGACGAGACGGUGUCCUACGUGUACGACUUCAUGCAGAAGAACGGGCCCUUCGACGGUAUUAUGGGAUUCUCUCAGGGAGCUUGCAUGGCUGCUGUUCUGGGUGCUUUGCCCGGGCUCCACCCAAACUUCCCCGAAGGUCUUCCGAAGCCGAAGUUCAUUAUUGCUGUCGGUGGUUUCAAGCCCGAGCCCAAGAACCCGGAUUUCUCAAAUUACUUCCCGCUCUCCGAAUCACUGCCGGUUCUGCAUGUGCUGGGAGACAACGAUGUUGUCGUCACCCCUGAGCGCAGUCAGUCUCUCAUUGACGCCACUCUGAACGGACGAGUUGAGCACCACACUGGUGGCCACUUCACGCCGUCCAAGGCGAGCUGGAGGCACUUCCUCAACGCCUACAUCAAUACCAUGGCGGAGGGAGGGGACCAGAACGAGAUCCCUGCCGUCUCGUCGUUCGGUCCCAGCGGCGCCAACACACCGGCUACCGGCAAUGGCACUCCGCGAACCCAGACCCCUACACCCGGCCCUUCGGCUUAA